AUGAGCAAACAAUGCGACGAGUCGUUUCUUUCUGAUGCCAUUGGCAGCGACGACGACCUCGAUGACCACGACUACUCCAAGGACCAACGUGACUCAACAACAUCGGGCAAUCCCAACGACGACCCCGACGUUGACGAGUACUGGGCAGAGAACGAUGCUGCCGAUCCUGGGCGGCAAGCCGACGCCCUACUUGACAACGAAGUUGCAACACGUCACACAGGCAAGGGCAAGGGAAAAUCCAAAGUCGUCCCACGCAAGUUCCCAAUGCCGGAGAAGCGCCUGCCCCCUCGAAAGGGCUUCUCGUACAUGUAUAUGGCUGCGCAGAAUGAAACGACUCAGCUGAACGUGAGAAGACGUUGCGACAAGCAUGACCAGCGCCCUUUCAAGAUCCCGUUGCCGUGUACGCAGACCACCCGCAUACUCGCAUGA